ACAGCAUUAAACGCCCUUUAGAUGCCGGACAGCGCAUGCAGGCGCGUGGACCCCUCCAGACGGGCUUAGCAUCUCUGAUAUGAAACCUGUGAUACAUGCGUCCUGCGUAUCAGAGGGGGCCAUCCAUAUUUCUUUGGCAUCUCAUUUUUUUUCCUCUCUCUCCACCAGAGGAGUGAUAUAGCCUGCGCUGACGUCUGCAUCAGAUAUUACCCAGUGCUUUUUCAAUGUGCAUUUUCCCCUCAGUGACUUUGCGCUGAUCUACAUCAUCAUCAUCAGCAGCAGCGGCAGCAAGCAAGCAAGCAGCAGCAUCGGUGGAGGUGGGGGGAGAAGAAGAGGAAAACAAAGGAAGAAGGGAAUGAAGAUUUCAUUUUUCUUUUUUUUUUAAACCCACCGCUCCCCUUCUUCUUCUUCUUCUUCAGCCGACCAGCGUUCCCAGUUCAAACACGUAUCUGUGAACGGCAUCACGUUGUGGAACAGACUGGCGCCGCGGCACCGCUGGAACCAUGCCUCUCCUGCAGAUUUGGACCGGCAAAUUUCACCCGCCGAUCUGAUCCACCGGGAGGCUGCUGCUCACUCACUCAUUCAUGCUUGUGUUUUCUUUUUCAAAGGAGAGAGACGACUUGUCAUCACUUUUUAAAACUAUUGUGCGAGCUGCUUUUUUCCCCCUCUCUGAGCAAGAUGUCUGAUCUUCUGGUGUUGGUCGAGGGGCUCUGUGACCUGCACGGAUUUCCAUAGCUGGGGAAAAAACAGCGGGGGAACAGUUUACCAGAAUAUUUCUUUUUUUUCUUUUAUAACAAAAUAAAACAAAUAAAUCAAGAAGCUUAUUUCAAUGAAGACACCGCAUGCGUAUAGAUGUAGGGUAGUUGGACAUUUUUUUAAAUAGGCAAUUAUCCUUUUUUUUUUUUUUUGAUUGCCAGUUUUUACUUUGGGGGCAUUUUCUGGGAGGAACCACGGGACUGGUUGGAUUAUAGAAACUAUAUCUGAAGGAUUAGUGGAGAUGUUGGGUCGUCAAGAAGAUCAAUUAUGUGGAAUUUUCUCUGCUCUGGCGGCUUUGUCCUUCGUUUGCUUUGUUCAAAGCUCCUCCACUGGAAGCACCGGAAUGUCUCUGGCCAAGGCCACCGUGGACAAAUUGCUGAAGGGAUAUGACAUCCGUUUGAGGCCUGAUUUUGGAGGUCCUCCAGUCAUCGUAGGAAUGAGCAUCAACAUAGCAAGCAUCGACUCCAUCUCAGAAGUAAACAUGGACUACACCAUCACAAUGUAUUUCCAGCAGAGCUGGCGAGAUAAGCGUUUGGCCUAUAGUGAGCUGAACCUAAACCUGACUCUGGACAACCGUGUAGCAGACCAGCUGUGGCUCCCUGACACCUACUUCCUUAAUGACAAGAAGUCCUUUCUUCAUGGUGUGACAGUAAAAAACCGUAUGAUCCGACUGCACCCAGAUGGCACUGUCUUAUACGGGCUGAGAAUAACCACUACUGCUGCCUGCAUGAUGGACCUGAGGAGGUACCCUCUUGAUGAACAGAACUGCACCCUGGAAAUUGAAAGCUAUGGAUACACCACAGAUGACAUCGUGUUCUUCUGGCAAGGAGGAGACACCGCUGUGACGGGUGUCGACAAGUUAGAGUUACCUCAAUUCUCCAUUGUAGAACUCCGCCUGGUGUCCAGGGAGGUGCGGUUCAUUACAGGUUCAUAUCCAAGGCUUUCGCUAAGUUUCAGGAUUAAGAGGAACAUUGGAUAUUUCAUCCUGCAGACGUACAUGCCCUCCAUCCUGAUCACCAUUCUCUCCUGGGUCUCCUUCUGGAUCAAUUAUGAUGCCUCUGCAGCUCGGGUGGCCCUGGGUGUGACAACGGUGCUUACCAUGACAACAAUUAACACCCACCUUAGGGAGACUCUCCCAAAGAUUCCGUAUGUGAAAGCCAUCGACGUCUACCUCAUGGGCUGUUUUGUGUUUGUGUUCCUGGCCCUGCUUGAAUAUGCCUUUGUAAAUUACGUGUUCUUUGGCCGGGGCCCUGCGCAACAGAAGAAAAUCAAUGAGCGGCUGAACAAAGCCAACAACGAGCGCACAAGAUACGAAGAGAAGCGCCUGAGGGAACAGGACUCCAUUUCCGUGCCGUUUCAAACCAACACCUUCAGGUCAUUUACACAGCGAAGAAAUCUGUAUCUCGAGGAACAAAGAAAAGUUGGGGUGGAUGCUUACGGAAACAUCCUCCUCACCACGCUGGAGAUGAACAACGAGGUGAUGCCUUCUGACGUGGGGAGCAGCGUCAGUGACUCUCGGAAUUCGGUCAUGUCCUUCGACAGCUCCGGGGUCCAAUUCAGGAAGCCCAUGACGCCCAGAGAUGGCUUUAGCCACCACUCGCUGGACCGGAGCGCCAUGCGGAGCCGGGCCAACUGUCGGCUACGACGACGCUCCUCCAAGCUCAAGUUGAAAAUCCCCAACCUGUCAGAUGUUAGCACCAUUGACAAGUGGUCCCGGGUCAUUUUCCCCAUCACCUUUGGAUUUUUCAACCUAAUCUACUGGUUGUACUAUGUGAAUUGAUGUGCAUCCCACUAGGAAUCAUGGGCCAUAUUUUGAGAGCACAUUAAAUUGGCUUUGAUACAGUUCCAAAAUAUGUAUACACAUAUACAAAUUGAACAUAUGUAUAUGCAUAUUUCUAUAUAUUAUAUUUAUAUAUACACGUGUGAAAUCUGAAGGACCUUUCUGCUGUACAAAAUAUUAAUAGGAUGACUUGAAUGUUUAAGAAUAAUUGUGACUGAAGAAUUUCAAGGCUUUGAGUUUCUUUUUCCUCCUGAAACAAACAAACAAACAGACGAACAAACAAACAAACAAACAAACAAACACGAGAUCCCCCCCCCAGGGGUUUUUGGAACUAAAGACUGCAUGAUAUUUUUGCUAAAAAAGAAAACAGGAAAAAAGAGAAAGUGAACGCUCUAGAGAGAGAAAAGAUGUCUCAGAGUCCCAUCGACUUUUUAUUGAAAACUUAUUGUCAUCGGGAAUCCUCUUCUGCAGCUCAUGAAAUCAGUGGUGGCUCGUCCGCGCAGGCAUCAGCUGAGUGAGGUCCUUGACACCGCACUCCUGCCGCCCUGCCCGACAUCGCCGCUCUCACUCAACUCACACCCCGCCCACCCCCCUCACACACACACACACACACACACACACACACACACACACACAAGACCCCUCCCAUCACCCAUGGAUAACAUGCACGGAAAUCUCCGGUUCUACUAUGUACAGCAACCUUGUUUGGAUUGUGUGUUGUUCCUUGGGUUUUUUGAAGUGGUAUCGUUCUCUUUAUCAGACAUCAGCUCUGGCCUAAUGGUCUCCGUUGGAGGGCCCAGAGUCAACGCAAACUUGUAUUCCUUUCUCUUCUCAUGUUAUUUUUAGAAACAUGUCCUCGGGGGUUGGGGGGGCUGCGGGUCCUUUUUUUCAUUAUGGUUAAAAACAAUUGCUGAUUAUUGUAGAUAUGAUUUUGUCUUGAAAAAUACUGUGAUUUCAGAGAGUAUCGGAACAUGUUCUAGAGCUAGGGCAUUAUGAGAUAAAAGAGUCUAAGGUAUGCAUUACUCAUUUUGAUUGUUUGAAGAAAAAAAAUUACAUAUUCUGUACAUUUUAUCAUUCAGUAUUCUCAUGAAAGUAUACUUGUACUGUUUCUUUCCUCCUAUUGAUUGAUUCACAUGCUCUUUAGAUGCCAAGUUCAUCGAUGUCAUAUUCUGCUUUGUGUUUGCUCUAAAAGGGACAUGGGGGAAUUGCUUUUGUGAUUCGUUUGAGAUUAUUCCACAGUGACGAUGUGAGAACGUGUAUAUUCAAAAAAGUGUCAAAAUAUCUGCCCACAGUUUGGCCAGUAUAGAGUAUUUAUUUGUUCGUCGAGCAUUUCCUCAGUGUUGGAGUCACAGUUUCAGAAGGCAAUUGUUGUUUGAUCGAGGUUAGUGACGGGCAGAAGACGUGGGGGAGGAAGGAUUCGACGUCUCGCACUCAAAUUCAGUCAGUGCCACCCCGCAAACGCUCUGAAGCCCGAGGAUCAGAAACAUCAGCCUGAUCAGGAAUGAUGCAGUGAUCCUUGGGGGGGAAAAAAGUGAUAAAUAGCCAUGAAUUCAAAUGUCGACCUGGAGGCCUAUAAUCCAUACGUAUUAUUGUUUUGUUUCGCUCUCAAACACACACACACACACAUUUUUAAUGCUCAGGUUCAUUUGCAAAGGGAAAUGAGUACACUUUGAUUUUAGUAUUCCUUUAUUAUUAAAUCAGAUUGGAUACAGCCACCCACUAAAGUUAUAAACACAAGACGGCUGCGGCAGAGGGACAAUGUAAGGACGAUAGGAAAGAGCUAAAUAAAUAAAUAUAAAUAAGAUCCUCCCCUGCCCGUUUAGCUCCAGCUGAAGUGCAGAUCAGCAUCUUCCUCGGUGUCAUCUCCACUUCAGGUGCAAACGGGCUCUGCUGGGAGCAACUGUCCCCGAGCAGGAACCUACACAACCAAAUCAAGUGUCGAUUCCUCCAGCGGCAAAGUGAUUGACUCAUUAGAAGACGAGCGCAGUGCGGCGGCCAGGAAAUAUGCAAAAGAAAAAAGACAAGAGGGAAAAUUGGCGUAUGUACUGUAUACAAACGCGUAGAGACAAGAGGAAGAUGGAAGAGGCCUCGGGUAACGACUUGAAGAUGGCGAAGCAGGAGUAUCAAUUUAUCAUGAGAAAUACCCCCCCUCCCUCCUUCUGGGUGCAGUAUGCAUAAGACGUCUUCGAGAAGGAAUAAUGAUCAGAAACCAAUUUGUCUCCGUAAGUCGUGGUGAAGUUUGUACAGUGACGUGGCCCAAGCUGUGAUCCGAGUUUAGUAUUUCUUUUUGUUUUUCUAUUUUAUGCAUCAUGGUCAUAUUCCGUAGAAGCAAAUGAAAAAAAAAAAGGAAAAAAGAAGAAAAAACACAUCACGGCGUAAUCCAUACAAUAAGCAGGGGAGAUGGUGAAAGUAGGAGAAAGACAUACUGAGCUGAAUAUCAUGUUUAUGUCUGCAGCUGAACAAUCCACUGUUUGUCUCUCAGUCGACUGUGAGUCCAAACUUAUGACCAAAACGUAGUGAUUUGUCCGAAAUGUGAAGAAUCUGUUGUUAUUCAUGGGGAAAGUAACGGCGAGUCAAAACGAGCCACAAUCAGCUCAAUCCGAAGCAGAUCUUGUGAGAAAAUGGCUCCUGGGUUUUUACGUAGAAAAUACAUAUUCAGAAUUAUGCUGUAGGCGAGUUGUUCUAAAGUGGCCAAAUGGAAGUGAGUUAAGGCUGAAAUGCAAUGAACCUAAAAAACCAUAGCAUCAGUAGUUUCAACAUGCAGUCGUUUGCACCUUGUUUCAAAAAGAGAUCUCCUUUGAUUUGAAGUGGAUCAUUUAAAACGAAAAUGAUCAAGAGAUAUUCUCUAUUUUCUAUUAUUCCACGUGUCCUUUUAUGUCAAAAAUCUGUUGCCUUUAGUACCCACAAUCCAACUUGACCACCCACACUUCAGUCGAGGUUUGUUAUGCUAUAGGUGGCUAAUGUAGCCUCAAGCAAGGGAUGAGGAGUGGGCUCCAGGGGCCCAGUAAACUCACUUUGUUUGACUGAGUCCACCCCCCCCCCAGGGAUUGCUUUUCUUUUUUCUCAUUGUCAGACUUGUAGACUUCAGCCAACGCUGACUCAAGCGACAUCACUCGAGGGAGUUUUAUUCGAUCUCCUGUGGACAGACUUUGAUGUGUGAAAUGUGUGCGGAGUUCCCCUUUAACUCAUAUCAUUAUACAUCACUGGGAUACGUAUGCUGCAAUUCCCCCAAAAAAAUUUCAAAUGUGAGAAGCUCCAGUGACAUCACAACGAGACACGAUCGGCUGUUUGUUCUUGUGAUCAGACAAAGGAACAGCUUCCAUUUCUCCAUUUCUGGUUAAAGGUGUAUUUUGUUAGAUUGUAGCACCUGAGUCAGGGGCAUUCAGGCUGUUUGGGUGGUGAUCCAUUCACAUUCAUGUUUCAGGUAGCAUUGUCCUUUAAAAUUUUUGUAAAGAAAUUAAAAAAAAGAAAGGUGGCGAGAGUUAGCGGAUGAUGAAUGCAAGUUUAUCGAAAUAACACACUUUACAAAGUUAUUCUUUUUUUGUUUUUUUGAUAAUUUCAUGCAGGUUUGCGUACCAACAGCUCGUCCAACUGUUUAGAGGAAAUAUGAUGGAUCUGUCAGACAAUGAGGAUAUGAUACCAUCAGCUCCGGUGCAGGAAAAGCACAAAAAUGUGGGACUUAAGGCAAAAUAGGUGUUGAGCUAGAAAGAAGUCUAAUCCAUCUACUCUGUGCUUUCAGUGAAAUGCACUUGCAGUACUUAUUUUAUUACGUAAACUAAUGCAAGGUUCAAGUUCUCAUUGAGGUUGGUUUAUUCCCAGUAAUUGAUACAAAAUGCCUUUUUUUUAAUUUAAUUUAUAUAUUUAUUGAUCUAUUUCUUUUGAAAUAGUUGAUGCAUAUCUUAAAUGAACUCCAGACACACACACAGAGGAGAAUCAUUAGCAGCUCUUGCAUGCUCGCAGUAAAUGAAUCCACCACUCAUUUCACUCAGAACAUGUAUUUACCUGCUUUCUGGACAUGAAAUCAGCACAUUCAUCCCAAAAAGCUGUGAGGAUGUUCCGUUCUACACUUUUACUUUCGGAUCUUUGCUUAUAUACGAGAGUGAAAAUUACAUUUCCUUUAUUGACACACGUGUUUUGAGGAGAAGAGGAAGAGGAGGGGAAAAAAAGUGUUGAACUGAUUUCAAUGUGAAUUUUCUUGCCUCUAGUGUAUAUGUGUAAUUACAUGUGAAUUGUACUGUAAAUAUGAUAUCUUUCACUUAAAUAGUUCUUAAUGCAUGAACAAAAACAUGGCAGUUCGUAAUACCAGCUAGCCUCACUGCUAAUGGCAUGGACAGCUUCUCUAGCAUUGGCAUACUUCUGCAAACGAAACCUAAAAAAUGAGACACAAGAAAUACACGGUGUGAGCAGAGUAAUGGAGAAGUCAACGCAAAGUCCUCCCGAGGUGAAGGAGUCCCUGGUGGCUCGUAUAAGGCUAACAGGCUAUUGCAGCUGAUGAUUCGCGGGAAGUACAGUAUCGCCUUGGUUCACUCUCAGCGAACGGGAAUGGUGCCAUCUUGGAUCAAAUCCUCUUGUUGAGCGUUUUCCGUUUUUCACGUCUGAACCAACCAUAAGGAUUUCAGCGCGGCAUACCCGCAGCGUUUACCUCAGCUAUCAAUGAAUCACACAGUUGUCCGUUAAUCUACAAACAAAUCAAAGGGCAUGUUUGACUAGCUGGCUUACAGAGGCUAGAGGAGCAGGGUUGCCUUAAGAAGGCGAAGGGGAUGUUUUUUCCUGUUCCUCAUUAAGACAGUCAUGCAUGUGUGCCCUUGACCACGUUACCAAGUGCAGCUUCUGACAACAGAAACUUGUGCAGACCAGGUCCCAGAAGUAAAUAUGCGUAGCUCCCUGUGUGUGAGUGUAUUGCGAGAAAAAUAUUUCCCUGGGUAAAUGCAAAGAACUGUCCCACAAAUGUUCUUUGGUUCUGUGCAACUAAAUUAAACCCAGUAUUGUAGCGUGUUUCAGUGGCCUAACUUUCUUUCUGUGGAACACACCAUGUUGGAUGCUGUUCCUCAUUUUGCCAUAAUUAGCGGCUGGGAUCUGAACUGCACAAAUGUAUGAACCACAUCUUAGUCUCCAGUCUUAACGUUGGGGCUUAGCAUCCAGGAUUACACCAUUCCCCAAAAAAUUGAAGAAACCCGUGAUGGGCUGUGAACACAAAACUGUUCUGUGAGGCAUCAAAAGAGUGGACCACAACCAUGCAAGCAAGUUCAUCCACCAAACUACCAGUACACAGCUAACAGCCUCCUCACUUGUUGGAAGGACUUUGCCUGGUGCGUUCAUUAUUCUGUGUACCUUGUAGGUUUUGUUUUGCAUGACCUGAGUUUUGAAAGGUUUAUUUUCCUAUAUUUUUACUCCACGCCAUCUGAUUCAUCUCCACGGCCAGGAAAAAGAAAGAUCCAGUGUUUACAUGCUCAAAUUGCACUUGUUUUACAGCCAGCUCUAUAAACCUUGUGAAACAAAACUGUUUGUUUAAAAAAAAAAAACUGGAGGAAAAAUGUAACCGCGGAACGUACAUCGGUGUGAUUCGCGCGAGUCACGAGUAUGUACGUCUGCAAAUGUAUUAACUGUACAUCACGCAGUUUGGGAUAGAUGCACCGAGUGCAUGCUGUAGCUUUUAUCAGGUUCAGCAUACGCGUCAACAUCAGUCGCCCUUCAACUACAAAGGAUGUAAAGGAUGCUGACCAGUAGCAUCUGAACGUAAGCCAUGCGAUUGCACACUGAGUGGGUGUUCCCUGUAUUUUCUCUUUCAUAAGUUGCCUCUGGUUAUGGUCCCGUUGUUGAUUACUGUGCGAUGAUACCUGCAAGAAGCUGUGCUGAUCCCCACUCACACGUCAGUGUUCCUUUCUCUUUGAAAGAGUUGAGCAGGGAGACGACCUCGUGUUUGACCAGUAGGUGAAAGAAAGACAUCCCAACGCUUUUUAAAGACAAACAAAUUGAAUUGAACGAAAAAGAAAGAAAGAAACCCACAAAACCAACAACCCAUUUAUUGUUCAGUUGAAAUUAGUAAAUGAUUUUCUUAAUUUCUGUGUUCAUUUCUGAUUUGACUGUAUUUGUUGCAUUUGUUAUGCAUUGUUAUUCUUACUGUUGUUGUUGUUUUAUCAUACGAAGGAAAUGUAACUCAUCUGAUAUACUGGCACUGGAAGAAAAAUGCAUUUGGUUUUUUGUACUGUAAUUGUUUUGUUCACAUUGGGCGCUUAUUUGAUUCAGUUGUUUAAUAAGGUGUUUGAUUUCAUUCGGGGUAUCAGUACUCAUGGAAUCAGCAUUUCGUGUAGUAUGAAGUUGUAUUUUUUUUGUCAGUGCAAAUUAAUGUUAUAGUGUCAAUCAGCUUUUUUAGGUGUUUGAACAAAAUGUGUUUUUUACAAAUACAAGGUGUUCAAGUAUGUGGUAUAAAAAGGGUUAUCAUUCAAACAACAGACUUUUUACAAAUAAAGGCUUAUACAGUAAAGAAAGCUAAUGUCUUUUCAUUUGCCCUUUGUGGACUAAUAUGUGACAUUGUUUCCUUUGACUUCGUAUUGAUUUGUUUUCAGAUAUUAGUCCCCAAAAGGUAAAUAGCAUACGUUGUCGCAUAAUGAGAGGAUAAAAUCAGGUAUUUCACCAUUGCUAUUCCAGGUUGUUGUCGGAGCUCUCACCUCUUAGUUGGUGUUUUGCUUUUGAUAAGGACUGUCAGAUAUGAACACAGUCCAGCUAAAAAACUAGAAUUCAAGAAAACUCGAGAGUGUCUUCUUUUAAUUUGAGUACAAAACAUUGCGCAUUUAUGAGAAUAUACCUCCUUUCAUACCCUAUUUCCUGAAUAAAGACGCAAAGUGACUCCUGC